AUUCUUCAAGAAUCUAUUUGCAGUGUGUCUAUUUGGAAAAAUAUGGCGAUUAUUAGUGGAAUUCUACCUUUCUUAUUCGUGGGAGCCCUUUAUUUUACAAGUGUGGCCGGUUAUCGAGGUUACCGUUAUAGAGACGCCGUUGAAGUAAAGAUGGAGGAUAACUCUAAAUAUCGAGGAAAUUUAUUUACCGACUUCGUGGGAAUACCACCAUGGCUUCAUCCUGGCUUCGCUGAACAUGCUACACAUUAUGAAGUUUUUGUUCGAUUACGAUCUUAUUCAGAGUAUUAUACACAACUUGAACCAUAUCAUCUACUUGACGAUCAUAAUCGUUUUAUUCAUAUUCCAAGAUAUGCAGAAAUGCUUUUCAUUAAACAAACAAAAACAUAUUUUAUAGCUUCAGAAUUUGUACUGUUUAAUACCACUGAAGUCACUCUAAUUAAUAUGGCUGCUUACCCACCACCUGGCUUCAUUUAUGUUGUAAAGCCAAGAGGUCCUGUCUAUACAGCUGCCAUCGAACGUUCUUAUGCUAUUGAAGCAAUUGGUCUUGGCAGAUAUCAGUGAAAUUUUACUGAAUUAUUAGCGGGUGCAAAUUCUAUUGACAACAUUUAUUACCAGUGUGACAUCUCAAUCAUUUUCUCAGUAUUACGACAUACUUUGACGAAAUGAGUAAUUGUGUAAUGGAAGGAAUACUUGAAGUCCCAUAGUAAUAUGUACGACAUUGAAUAAAGAACUUCCUAAUUGAACUCUUCAA